AUCUUUUUCUCAAUAUUAUACAAUGAAAGUGGUGAACAUGGAACUGCUGUUUACAUUGCUUGCUCGUCUGGAAAAUUUGGAGGGAUGUGUAAAUACUUUGUAAAUAAUUGUACAUUACUGUAGAAUUUGUAAUAGUGGGAUUUGGUUUGCGUUGGUGAGAGGAAACUCUAAUGGAUGAUGAGUGAUUCUGAUGAUACAGAUGUUCUACUCCUAAUUCCACCUGACCUAUUCCUUAUAACAUCGUCUUCAGAGUCUGACGAUAGUUUUGACCGUGGGAAAACAGAUUGCAAUUAUACAAGAACUGGAGUAAUAUCGGAACUUGUCGGACACAUGCAGUCAUUAGAAAACAGAAUUACUGCUAUCGAAUCCAAAGAUAAUAGCUUAGAUGCUACUUUACUAAACAUUUCAUUGGAUUCGCAACUCCAAAAUAAUACAGCUAAUAAGCUUAGACGGACAUUACCUAGAACUAAAUUCUGUGUAAGUCAAAGUUCUAGCUUACAAAAUACACCCGUGAAACCUAGGCGAUCCUUGUCUGUUCCAUCAACUCCUAACAGUUAUUCAUUACCGAACCAUAUUAAUUUUCAUCGUGACGACUUAAAAUCUCAGAAUAAAUUUCCUAAGGUUAAUGGUACUAAUACAACUAAUAUUAAUGAUCAUGAUAAAACUGAGCAUGAUUGUCUAAUGUCCCAUUCUGAAUCCUCUGUGGUGGUACCUUCUGCUUCUCGCAGUGUGGGUUUCCCGCAUGCUACUGGUAUUUCUUCUAAAGGGGAACCUUGCUCCUAUCCAUUUGAUUGCUAUAAAACUACAAAUAAUAUCUAUAAUAAAUCUUCUAUUAACCAACUGAACUCAAUGCCAUCUACUUCGACUUUGAUUGGUGCCACAGAACAACCGAAUUUGUACUCUAGAACUAUUAUACAAGAAAUGGAGCUAUUCGAAGUGGACGAGCUACUCCAGGAAAUGGAGGCAACUGAGCUAGAAUUAUCAAAGCGUAUAAAUAGAGCCUCUAUACAUCAGUCUUCCAAGGAAGAGAUUGAUUCAUUAGCAACUGAUCAAAGUAACGAAAUAUUCAGGAGCAAGGUUCAUAAUAACAUCCAUAAACAGUCUACUAGUCGCAAACUAGAAUUUGACUUGCAAGAUUCAUAUCAGAGUAGUCGACCAGUUAUAAUGCAAAAAAAGAGUUCUGAUAUGUUUCCUGAUAUAUCCCUUCCAUUUGAUGACUCCUCUUACAUUGAUCGAACUAACAAAGUGAUCUCAGAGUUUAAAACGUGGGAACAGAAUGUUAAAAGACCUAUAUUGAAGGGUGAACAAAUAGAAAAUGUAAGCCCACUAAAGAACAUGAACAAUACUGAUCAAUCAACUUCCAAAGCAAAUGAUGCGAAAAGAAAAGAAUCAAUUUUAGGACAAAACUCCAUUAGUAUAAGUGAUACAAAUAGUGCAGGAAUGAGUAAUGCACCUGCUAUACAAACCCAACCUAUGCAAAAAUGUUCAGAUUCUUUGUUGCCUACUGAAUUAUCACAAUAUAAUACUGCAACAUCUACAAGAACUACAGAUUCAUAUGCACCAUGUCUUUCUGAGAUCUACAAAAAAAGCACUCAACAAAAUGGUAAUAUUCAAAACACGAAAGAGGUACACAAUGCACCAUUUACUGUGCAUAGUACAAAUACUGUUAAUGUUUCUACCAAUACAGAUAUUUUUCCACUUUCCAGGAAAUCACAAAGGUUUUUAUCAUUGUCAGAUUUUUGGGAUAAUACUGGUACCAGGUCCCAAGAAGAAAUGCGUAGAAUUAAAUUAGAAGAAGAGAAAUUUCGUCGAGAGCAUUGUGAACAUUUAAUUCAAGAACUUCAAAAACGAUUAUUGGAGCAACAAGAAAAGGUGGCGGUAGCACUUAGAGUAGAUAAUGAAAAAAAUGAACUGAUAUCGCAAUUUCAUAAUGCAUGGUCUAAAAUGAAACAACGACUCCACGUUAUGGAAAAUGAGUGUGGUACUUUGCAAACAAAUCUAAAAAAUGUUACGGAGAAGCAUAAGUCAGAAAUUUCAGAAUUCCAGUCGCAAAUUAAACGAUAUGAAGGAGAACUAUCUAAGGCUCUAGAUCUUGCAGCUGGUUAUAAAGAAAAAAGUGACAAUGUAAUAAAGGAAAAAAUAGAGCUAUUGAAAAUUCAUGCUGAUGAAUUAGAAAAUUAUAAAUCGUUUGUUCAAGCAGCUGAAAAUAGGUAUGAACAAUUAAAACUAGACUACGAUAAAUUAUUAGAAAAGAACAAACAAAAUGAAGAAACGAUAAAAGCUUUCCAACAAGAUUUAACUAAAGAACGAUUAAAAGGUGUAGAAGUUAGGAAUGAAAUGAAUGUUAUUCAUAAAGCAUUGGAUACCUGUGAGGCUGAACUCACUAUUCUGAGACAAGAGAAAGAAAGUUUACAACUGAAAUUGAAAGAAGAAAUAAAUAGAAAUGCAAUUUUGGAACAAAAGAAUGCUGCACUACUUUCAUCGAUUGAAGAGGCAAGAAAAGCAGAGAGAGAAGCUAAGGACGAAACUAAAUCUCUUGCUGAAAAGAAAGAAAAAAUUAGAUUGGAGAUGCAAGAACUUUAUCAGAAACAAGUCGACGAAGUUGUAAAAGUCAAAUUACAAGAAUUUCAGACACAGCUUGAUGUGGCAGAGUCAGAAUUUCUCGAAGAAUUGAAAACCAGACAACAAGUUAUUGCUGAAUGCGCGGCUAGAAAAAUUAAAGAUGUUAUAGACAAACAUCAAUUGGAAAUAAAUUUACUCGAAGAAAAACAUAAAGAAGAGAUACGAUUAUGCGAACUUCAGUUGGCACAGACAUUACAGAAAUCAGCCAUAUUGGAAACGCAACUUAAUUCUCAACGCGCUACCAAAUCUCAGCUUGCUGAACAGUUACAUUCUGUGAUGCAGAAGCAAUGGCAACAAGCGUUAAAGAUUAUAUCAGGAGGAAAUAUGGAGGAUUUGUCGCCACUCCAAAAAAUUCACGCUGAGAAAUUGUUCAAGGGUCCAAGGAAAUCCGAAUCAAUGCCAAAUUGUUUUAUGAAGGUAUCCCAAGAACCAAUUAGAUUAAGAUUCCAAACUGCAGACGUACAAAAUUUUCACGAUCAAAAUGAAAGUUUAAGUACAAUAACUCCAAUAGAAGACACGCCAUUGAGUAGUAAAGAAUCGAAGGAUGAUCUUCGGAAAUAUGUAAAAAUGAUCGUUGAUAUGCAAAAAUCGCGAGAAGAAUUGUUAAAAAUUCGAGAAACUAUUCCAAGUCCUCCUUUAGUUUGUAGAGAAGUGCCUCGGAAACAUUACAUAAAGAAAGAAUUGAGUAUAAAAGAUGAAGACAGUGUUAUUUGGCAACCUACACCCGAUGCUAGUCAAGAUACUACUGAAUUUAUUCCAAUUUCACAAAAAGUGUGUAUAAAGGGGGAUCAGCAGAAGAAUAAACCGCCAUGGAAAUGACAUAUUGUUUAUAAUUCCGAAAACGUUGAUUAUGGUAUCGACGAAGUAGACGAUAUUCGUACAGUGCAUUUACUUAGCCCUAAUUAAAAUAUAAAUAUACACAUAUUUUGUACUCAAAUUAAAUGAAUUUUAUACGAA